AUGUCUACUGCCAGCUGUCUGCUGACUGAAGAUCAGUUCCUGUGCUCCAUCUGUCUGGAUGUGUUCACUGAUCCAGUCACUACACCAUGUGGACACAACUUCUGUAAAAACUGCAUCACUGAAUACUGGAAUAUCAAUGUCCAGUGUCGGUGUCCGAACUGUAAAAAGGUGUUCUACACAAAACCUGAGCUGCAGGUCAACACUUUCAUCUCUGAGAUGGCUGCUCAGUUCAGACAGUCAGCUCAACAUUGCGCCAUUUUCGACCACAAGACACAUGAUGUUGUUCCUCUGAAAGAAGAAUAUGAAGGAAAGAAGGCAGAGCUGGGGAAGACAGAGGCUGAAGUUCAUCAGAUGAUCCAGAUGAGACAACUAAUGAUUCGGGAGAUCAAACACUCAGUUGACCUCAGUAAAGAAGAUGCAGACAGAGAGAUAGCAGAAGGUGUUCAGGUCUUCACUGCUCUGAAGGAGUCUAUUGAGAGAAGCCUGACUAAACUCCUUGAGACAAUCAAAGAGAAGCAGAUAACUAAAGAGAAGCAGGCUGAAGACUUCAUCAAAGUGCUGGAAGAAGAAAUAUUUGAGCUGACGAAGAGAAGCUCUGAACUGGAGCAGCUCUCACGCUCCGAGGACCACCUCCACCUCCUUCAAAGGUUCCCAUACCUCAAAGCUGUCCCACCCACCACUAAUUGGACAGACAUAAGCAUCCACCCAACAUCAUAUGAAGGAUCUCUGGUGAGAGCUGUGGCUCAGCUGGAGGAGACGAUCACUAAACAGAUGAAGAAGCUGUUUGAGGCUGAGCUGAAGAGGGUCAAGCGAUACGAAGUGCAGGUGACACUUAAUCCUGACAUUAUACAUCCCAAACCUGCUCAGUCUAAUUUUAGACAACAGGUAAAGCAAGGUAAUGACUGUAAAUGUGUCUUAUCAAAUCGAGGUAUCUCUUCAGGGAGGUUUUACUUCCAGGUUCAGGUUAUCAGGUGGUCCACAUGGACGUUAGGAGUGGCCAGGAAGUUGAGCAACAUGAACAGAGAAACCGCUCUGAGCCCCAGAAAUGGCUACUGGACUAUAUGUUCGAUUUCAUCCAAUGAGUACUUUGCUGCUGCUGACCCUUCAGUCCUUCUCUCUCUGAAGCAGAAGCCUCACUGGGUGGGGGUGUUUGUAGAUUUUGAUGAGGGUCUGGUCUCCUUUUAUGACGUUGAUAUUGCAGCUCUCAUCUACUCCUUUAAUGGCUGCUCCUUCACUGAGGAAAUGUAUCCAUUCCUCAGUACCUGUUCGAAUGAUGGAGUUACGAUCCACCUCCCUGAAAGCAUGUGUGUAGUACAGUGAGUAGAAACA